UCGACGUUUGACAGUUCAUUCCCAAACAAUUUCACGCUAUGUGUUGUCCAUCUGGUAUCUCCCGAAUGAAAGGCUCGUUUCGGCCAUCAACAUUCAGGACUAUUUGAUGAUUGUUAACUAUAUGAUUUAAAAAAAAUCCUAAAAUAUGGCAAGCAACAGAAAACCGCUUGCUAAUCACGACUCAAAAGUCGAAAAUAAUGAAUCCACCGAUGUGCAACUGAAGAAAAAAAUAACCCUCAUCAAUGGGGUCGCCAUCAUCGUAGGUACCAUCAUAGGCUCCGGGAUUUUUGUGUCACCUAAAGGAGUGUAUGAACAUUCAGGAUCUCUUGGCGUGUCUCUGAUUAUAUGGGCACUUUGUGGUGUGUUUUCUAUGUUUGGUGCUCUGUGUUAUGCUGAACUUGGAACUUGCAUAACUAAAUCAGGUGGUGAUUAUGCCUACAUAAUGGAAGCAUUCGGCCCUGCUUUGGCGUUUCUAAGACUUUGGGUAGGUCUUCUUGUCAUAAGACCAGCAACUCAAGCUGUUCUAGCUUUGACGUUUGGAUACUACAUGCUGGAUCCGUUCUACCCCGACUGUUCACCACCAGAUGAAGCAUUAAGAUUAUUAGCUGCUGUUUGUUUAUGUCUCCUAACAUAUGUUAAUUGCCGAAGUGUGCGAUGGGCAAUGCGCGUUCAAGAUAUCUUCACUGGGGCCAAAUUGUUUGCACUUGUUGUCAUUAUUCUAGGAGGUGCUGUUCAUAUUGGUCAAGGUCAUACAAAAUAUUUGGAGAAUGCUUUUGAGGGCGAAUUCACUGCAAAAUCCAUAUCCCUAGCUUUCUAUUCCGGACUUUUUGCAUACGGAGGCUGGAAUUACUUAAAUUUUGUCACAGGCGAGUUGAAAGACCCGUACAAAAAUCUUCCGAGAGCUAUCUGGAUUGGACUGCCGCUAGUUACUUGUGUCUACGUUCUCGUGAACAUCGCAUAUUUUGCUGUUGUCCCGUCAACCGAAUUGCUAGCUUCCCCUGCCGUUGCCGUGACGUUCUCCACCCUAAUGCUCGGACCGAAAGUAGUUUGGUGCAUGCCCAUUUUCGUUGCUCUCUCCGUGUUUGGAAGUGUGAAUGGAAAUCUAUUUACAUCUGCAAGAUUUUUUGCUAUGGGAUCACACGAAGGUCAACUUCCAGAAAUCAUUGGGAUGAUAAAUACCCGUCGAUGUACACCUGUUCCAGCUCUCCUUCUAACGUGUUUCAUGUCCCUCCUGAUGUUGACAACCAGCGACAUUUACGUCCUCAUCAACUAUUUGAGUUUCGCCCAGUGGCUGUGGACAGGUAUUGUGAUUCUGGGAUUGUUGAUUAUGCGAAAGACUAAACCUGAUCUGCACAGGCCCAUCAGAGUGAACCUCAUUUGCCCCUUGGUGUUCUUGUUAUGCUCAGUAUUCCUCACAGUCAUGCCCAUGUUCGCUGAACCGUUCGAAACUGGAAUGGUUCUCCUCAUCAUGCUCGCUGGAUUCCCCGUGUACUUGGUGUUCUUUUACAAACCGAAGAGAAAUGUUCCAGGAGAAGAAACUUUCAAUUCAAAAAUUACAAAGAUGUUACAGAAGUUACUGGAAGUUGUUACACCAGAUGAAAAGUUUUCCUAAUUUCUCAAAUUUUCAAACAUUCCAUGGAACCACGUGUGAGAGAAGCAGCUAUAAACUAAAAAUAGGGUUGAUGGCCUUAUUUUUGUUUUUGGACAAAUCAGCGAAUGUUUAACGUAUUUAUUAAACACGUAAAAUGUUGCCUAAUUGUUGAAAUAUUUUAUGUAUUGAGUGUAAUACAAUUUUUACGAAUUACGACUAAUUAAGAAAUAUUUUACGUAUUUUUGUUGAAAUCAAAAAUCAUAUGAAAGUGAUUUCUACCUAUAUCAUUCAUUGUUGUUAUGGAAACAGUUUAUUUUAUUGGUGCAUGAAUAUUUUGGGCCUUGAGGCUAAGGUGAAAAAAAAACGUAUUUGUUUUUUCUCAAAAUACUGACACCAAAUUGUAAUUUAUUAUAAUUCAUAGUUUUUUGAAAAAAUAUAUUUUUAUUAAAUAUUUUUAUGAUAUCUACACCUGAUUUUAUACAAAUUAAAUUUAUGAAAAUGUAUGAUAAAUUUGAACAUUGUAUAAAACUAUUUGCUGAAAAAAUAAAAAAA